GCAUUGAUUGUAUUGAAUAUACUUUAAUACACUGUAUAUGACAUAUCGAAACAUCACAUCACAGACACAGACAGACAAACACAUACAUCGCUGACUUCAACCACAAGAAGUAUUAACCAAAUAAACUAAACAACAAAACAAUCGCCAAAAUUAAACUCAAAGACAAGUGAUUAAUUGAUCCAUUAAUUGAUUGAUAGCCAUGUAUUCGGUAUCCAAAGAACAUAAGGGAAAUAAAAUCUUCGCCAAAACGAGAAGAGGUAUACCACAAAAGUUGGACAAUUUAGACAACAAUUCACGCGACAACACCAACAAUGGCUUCCGUAAAGACAUGAACGGUCUUCAUAUGAAUGAUUGUCUUAGUCAAACGCCAAGUCCGCGGCCAGUAUUUCAUAUGAACGGCCGCAAGACAUACCAUCAGAGAAAUAGUAACGAAAGUAUUAGUGCUCAGCACUGGGAGAUGAUUCAGUACAUACAUGAAAGUUGGAAAUGUGUUAAAAGAGAUUUGGAGUCAAGUCUUAGACAUUCAAUGGUUGGUGGAAGUGGUGGCGGCGGCGACCAUAGCAAGAGCUCAAGCAUGAAACCAGUGCCUCAAAUAUCUUAUUACAAGCUCGACAAGUCAUCUCAUAUUCCAAAGUUUGAACCCUUUGAUCUCGAGACCUUUUGGGGACAAAGACUUUUCCAAAAUAUAACUCAAUCCACUUAAAUAUUGCCAACAUUUUUGUCUGUCUCUCUUUGCGUGUGUGGUGUGUGUGUGUGUAUGUUAGUGGUGUCUGAUUGUUGUCGUCGCGACAUAAUUAUAAGAUCAUCAGUGGAUACUUCUUGGAGACUCAAUUCAGACUUCAAUGUGUUCUGAAAAUUAGUUUUUUGAAAUUUUUAUUUUUUUUGUUUGUUUAGUUUUUUUGGAUGAAUUCCUCUAAUUCUCUCUCUCUCUCUCUCUCUCUCUCUCUCUCUCUCUCUCUC